CAUUCACCAUUUUGUACGCGAACCUUGCGCCGCGAGCUACUCUGUGCUCGUGAAUCGAGCCAUGCGUAUGCCGUUUGUGAUUGAUCUAUCGUCGAUCCAUGCGUAUGUUAUUUGUGAUUGAUCUGUACGAGUAUGUUGGUCGUAAAGGAUUUUGUGUGAUUUGCAUCUGUGAAAGUGCUUUCGAAUUUUAAUUGCUAGUUUUUUUCCAAGUGCGUCUUUAAUUUGAGUGCUUCUAUUCCGUGAUCUCCUUAACCAGCGGUGCGUGUUUGGUGCAGUACCGAUGUGUUAGAAGCGCGGCUGCAUAAAAACCACCGCCAUGUCGUCAGUGAAGGUGGCGGUGCGGGUCCGCCCCUUCAACUCCCGGGAGAUCGCCCGCGAAUCCAAAUGCAUCAUUGAGAUGUCUGGCAACACUACAGUUAUCGUCAAUCCGAAGCUACCACCAAACAACAAGGAAGGCACCAAGAGCUUUAACUUUGAUUUCUCCUACUGGUCGCACAAUCCACACGAUCCCGAGUUUUCUUCUCAAAUCAUGGUGUACAAAGAUAUCGGCGAAGAAAUGCUUCAACAUGCCUUUGACGGGUACAAUAUAUGCAUAUUCGCCUACGGGCAGACGGGCGCGGGGAAGUCUUACACGAUGAUGGGGCGCGGGGAGGACGGGCAGGAGGGCAUCAUCCCACAGAUCUGCAAAGACCUGUUCAGACGCAUACGACAGACCACCUCGGAAGAUCAGUCCUACUCGGUGGAAGUGUCAUACAUGGAGAUCUACUGCGAAAGAGUACGUGAUCUGCUGAACCCAAAGAACAAAGGCAACCUGCGCGUGCGCGAGCACCCUGCCCUCGGCCCCUACGUGGAGGACCUCAGCAAGCUCGCCGUCAUGUCCUACCAGGAUAUAUACGACCUCAUCGACGAAGGGAACAAGGCCAGGACGGUCGCCGCAACAAACAUGAACGAAACUUCCUCCCGCUCGCACGCCGUCUUCACGAUAUUCUUCAACCAACGAAGACACGAUAAGACCACGAAUCUCGUCUCUGAAAAGGUGUCAAAAAUAUCCCUGGUGGAUUUGGCCGGCUCAGAGCGAGCGGACUCGACGGGCGCCAAAGGGACCAGGCUGAAGGAAGGUGCCAAUAUCAACAAAUCGCUGACUACGCUCGGCAAAGUUAUUUCGGCUCUGGCAGAAAUUGCGUCAAAGAGCAAAAAGUCGAAAAAGGCUGACUUCAUACCGUAUCGCGACUCUGUCCUCACAUGGUUGCUGCGAGAGAACCUUGGAGGCAACUCUAAGACUGCUAUGAUAGCUGCCAUUUCGCCAGCUGACAUCAACUAUGACGAAACUCUCAGUACCUUAAGAUAUGCAGAUCGCGCAAAACAAAUCGUAUGCAAGGCCGUCGUCAACGAAGACGCAAACGCUAAACUUAUUCGAGAACUCAAAGAAGAGAUACUUAAACUACGCGAGCUUCUCAAAGCAGAAGGCAUCGAUGUUGAAGAAGGACCAGAUGGUCGAGUCUUAUACGAAAAGAAAGAUCAGCUUAUCAGAGAGGAGAACGUAUCGCCAAUGCGCAAGAAGAGCGAAUCUGAAGCGUUGUCGCCGAAGUUAUCACGAGCCGCCACUACCAUCGCCGAAGAAGCUGUGGAUCAGCUGCAAGCGUCGGAGAAACUUAUCGCAGAGCUCAACGAAACAUGGGAAGAGAAGCUCAAACGAACGGAACAAAUCCGCGUCCAACGCGAGGCAGUGUUCGCGGAGAUGGGUCUAGCGGUCAAAGAGGGCGUCACAGUCGGCGUCUACUCGCCGAAGAAAACUCCUCACCUGGUCAACUUGAAUGAAGACCCCAAUCUCUCGGAAUGUCUACUGUACUACAUUAAAGAUGGAGUAACUCGGCUGGGCACGGCGGAGGGGAACGUACCUCAAGACAUACAGCUUUGCGGGUCGCACAUACUCAGCGAGCAUUGCAUAUUCGAGAAUACGGAUGGUGUCAUCUGCCUCAUACCUCAUCGCGGGGCAUUAGUUUAUGUCAAUGGACGUGAGGUAAACGAGCCAACAAUCCUCAAAACCGGGUCUCGUGUGAUCCUGGGCAAGAACCACGUGUUCAGGUUCACGCACCCCGGACAGCCGCGGGAGGAGAUCGUGUCCAACAAGGAACUCAACGACGGCAACAGUAACGCUGAAGCGAACAACGAUGCCCCAAGUGAGACAACAACCGAAAACGUCGACUGGGACUUUGCGCAGUGCGAACUGUUGGAGAAACAAGGAAUCGACCUCAAAGCCGAGAUGCAGAAACGACUGAUGGCUUUAGAAGAGCAAUUCCGCAGAGAAAAAGAACACGCCGACCAACAGUUCGAAGAGCAGCGAAAGAAUUACGAAGCCCGCAUAGACGCUCUGCAGCGCCAGGUCGAGGAGCAGAGUGUGACGAUGUCCAUGUACAGCUCGUACACGCCUGAGGACUUCCACAACGAUGAGGAUAUCUUCGUGAAUCCCCUGUUUGAGACAGAGUGCUGGUCGGCGCGCGAGGUGGGGCUGGCGGCGUGGGCCUUCCGCAAGUGGAAGUACCACCAGUUCACGUCGCUGAGGGACGACCUAUGGGGAAACGCCAUAUUCCUGAAGGAAGCAAACGCAAUAUCAGUGGAACUUCGCAAGAAGGUCCAAUUCCAAUUCACGUUGCUAACCGAUACGCCGUACUCGCCUCUGCCGGCCGAACUCGCGCCAAGAGACGACGCCGAUGACGAGUACCGACCCUCAGCACCCACCGUUGUAGCUGUCGAAGUUACUGAUACUAAGAAUGGGGCUACGCAUUAUUGGACCCUUGAAAAGUUGCGCCACCGGCUGGAGCUCAUGCGUCAGAUAUACAACAUGAACGAGAGCGCGUACGCUGAUGAGGACGAGCCCGCCACGCCGGUGCCGUCGCCGCCGCCCGCGCCGCCCGCCGACGCCGACAUACUGCAAUGUAUCUCGACGUGCGCGAACAACACGCGUCUUUCUCUAGCGAACCUCCUGCCAUCGAGACAAAGGCUGGAGCUGAUGCGCGAAAUGUACCACAACGAGGCAGAGUUAUCGCCUACUUCGCCCGACCAUAACAUCGAGUCGGUCACCGGGGGUGAUCCGUUCUACGAUAGAUUCCCUUGGUUCCGUCUUGUUGGACGGAGCUUCGUAUACUUGUCGAAUCUCCUGUACCCGGUUCCACUCAUUCACAAAGUGGCUAUAGUGAACGAGAAAGGAGACGUAAAAGGCUACCUCAGGGUGGCUGUGCAGGCAGUCAUCGACGCUGAAAAAAACAACUCUUUUGUAGAUAACGCUGAAUUCGCAGCCGGAGUAAAGCAAUCAGCCAAGAUCUCGUUCGACGACGACAUAGCGCCGGCGCGGUCCCGGCUCAAAGCGAUAUCCACCGUUGAGAAGAACAACGCCAUCAACGCUAUCAAUAUCGAAGACAGACCCGAACAAGACUCCAAUAUCAAGAUCGAAGAACUAGCAGUAGGAGAAUGCGACGCAGACAGCGGGCGCGGAGACAGCUCCUUAGCGUCGGAGCUGAAGGAGGAAGACCUCCCCGAGCACCUGACUCUGGGCCGCGAGUUCACCUUCCGGGUGACCGUGCUGCAGGCGCACAGCGUCUCCACCGACUACGCUGAUGUCUUCUGCCAGUUCAACUUCCUGCAUAGAAAUGAAGACGCGUUUUCAACGGAGCCUGUGAAGAAUGCAGGGAAGAACACGCCGUUAGGAUUCUACCACGUGCAGAAUAUCACAGUGCCAGUAACGAAGUCAUUUGUCGAAUAUAUCAAGUCACAGCCGAUCGUUUUCGAAGUUUUUGGACACUAUCAACAGCAUCCACUGCACAAGGAUGCAAAACAAGACGGCCCUGUGGGCAGGGCUCCGCCCCGUCGCAUGCUCCCGCCGUCCCUACCGAUCUCCGCUCCGGUCCGGAGCCCCAAGUGGGGCGCCGCCAGCGUGGCCCCACCUUGCUGCUCCUCGCACCUGCACUCCAAGCACGACCUGCUCGUGUGGUUCGAGAUCUGCGAGCUGGCGCCCAGCGGAGACUACGUGCCUGCGGUGGUGGAACACAGCGACGAGCUGCCGUGCCGAGGACUGUUCCUGCUGCAUCAGGGCAUCCAGCGGCGCAUCCGUAUCACCAUCCUGCACGAGCCCUCCGGUGAUCUGCAGUGGACUGACGUCAGAGAACUUGUUGUUGGGCGCAUACGAAAUAUACCAGAAGCUAACGAAGACACGACAGAUGGAGACGAAGAUGGCGCCUUGUCGCUAGGACUGUUCCCCGGGGAACGACCCAACCUGGACGAUCGAGCUGUGUUCAGGUUCGAAGCGGCCUGGGACAGCAGUUUGCACGGCUCGCCGCUCCUCAACCGAGUCAGCGCCAACGGAGAAGUGGUUUACAUCACGCUUAGCGCUUAUCUGGAGGUUGAGAAUUGCGGUCGUCCCGCUAUAAUCACCAAGGACCUGUCGGUGGUGGUGGUCGGUCGCGAGGCGCGCACGGGCGCGGGCCGCUCGCUGCGCCGCGCGCUGUUCGGCUCGCGGGCCGCGCGCGCCGACCGCCUCACGGGCUUGUACGAGCUCAGCCUGCAUCGCGCGCUGGAGCCUGGGGUCCAACGCAGACAAAGGCGUGUGCUGGACACCAGCGGUACGUACGUGCGCGGCGAGGAGAAUCUGCACGGAUGGCGCCCGCGCGGGGACUCGCUUAUAUUCGACCACCAGAAACGUAUCUGGCGCAAACUGUUCUAUGAUUGGCCGCUGGACGUUAUCGAUAAAUUGCAGUGGGAGCUGGAAAAGAUGACUCGAUUAGAGCAAGUGGGUCGGACGAGGCAUUUCCUGGCUUUACGCGAACGACUUCGUCACGGGCACGAGAACACCGUCGCGCCGAACGACUUCACUAAAACUGAGAAGGAGGUCAGCAAUAUGGCGGCCAAGGCUGCGUCGGAGUGCGCGCACACUCGCGACGAGUCCGUUUACGAGCCGUGGGAGAUGAGUCCGAGAGAAAAGGAAAUCUCCUUGAAAUUCCUCAAACUCAUACAAGGAAGGAUAGGUGGCAACAAGGAGGUGGAGACAGCGGUGUCUCCAGCGACGCCGGUGGACGAGGGCGUGUCCGCGGACAUCUCCACGCCCAGCCUCUUGUCCUCUAUACACAGUGCCAGCAGCUUCGAGCUUUGCUCCCCGGAGCGCGCGCUGCUGGAGAAGGCGGCGGGCGCGUGGGGCGCGGCGGCGCUGGCGGGCGGCGCGGGCGGCGCGCAGUUCGUGCCCGACUGCGAGGAGGUGCGCGUGUCGGCGGCGGUGGCGCGCCGCGGGUACCUCAACGUGCUGCAGCACGGCACGCACGGCUGGAAGAAGCGCUGGCUCGUGGUCCGCCGGCCGUACGUGUUCAUCUACCGCGACGAGCGCGACCCCGUGGAGCGCGCCGUCAUCAACCUCGCCAACGCACACGUCGAGUACUCGGAGGACCAGGAGCAGAUGGUCCGCAUGCCCAACACUUUCAGUGUGGUGAGCAAGGAACGCGGCUACUUGCUCCAGACACUCGGCGACAAGGAAGUACAUGACUGGCUCUACGCCAUCAACCCGCUGCUUGCGGGACAGAUUAGGUGUGGCGCAGGUCGCGCUCGGCGCGCCGCCCCCGCCCCGCGGACCCCGCGCCCCCGCAGCUGUCCGCAUGAGACCUCACCAUGGAGUCUAUCCUCGUUUUUUAAGUGCGUCGCCGACGGACGCGUGUACGCGCACAGGCCGCUGCGUGCAGUGCGCGCCUCGCAGAGAUAUUAACACGCCCGCUGACUGAUCGUGAUCACUGAUCACACUUUUGCUCGAUGCGUAAAUUUUCUAUACGUAGUGCUAAUUUAUAUGUCAAGUCUAUGCUACUAGGUCUGUCUACAAGAAACAUUGUGAAAAGGAUAGCACUUCUUCUAUUCACUGUAUGUUUCCUAGACUUAGGGUUGUUUUUACCAUCUUUUCAUAAGUAUCACUAGUUUUGUCAUUAACAGGUGUCAAAACUUCAAAAUCAGAAGUUGGUGAAACCGGCUCCUAGUGUGUUGCUAAUUUUUUCUACAAGAAACAUUGAGAAACUAAACUAGACUUGAUGAUUUCUUAAUUGUUAUUUGCUGCUUUCUCUUUCUGUAAGGAUCAUUGUGAAAGCGAUAGUAAUAAUUGUAUUCUAUAAAUUGUCUUUAUCUUUAAUCUAAACUUUUGAACAUUUCUAUCUCUUUCUACGAGGAACAUUAUGAAAGAGAAAUUCUAUAUGAAACAUUAUACAAGGGAUAAGUAUUUUCAGACUUCGCAAUAGAAUAAUGUAUCCCAUUAGCGUAUCCUUUUCUCGUACGUAAUAGACGAGUUGUAUUUAUAUCAUGUUUUGAAUACUGCUAUCUCUUUUUACAAGAUUCAUUGUGAAAGGGAUAGUAAAACUUUUAGGAACUUUAAUAAAAAUGUGCUUCUGUCUGUCUAUCUGUUGUUUUAGUAUCUUUAAAACAACAAUGAAUAGGUUUUAGGCAAGCGCAUCUUAUCUUUGCUUUGUUAAAUUAUGCGUACUAAUUAAAGAAAGUGAAGUGUUUACCAUCGAGCAAAAGUUUGACCUUGUAUGUAAUGUAUACGCAAGAUUCUGUGACUGGUUUGGUAGAAAGAAUUACAAUAGGUAACUUAUUUAUUCAUUUAUUAAAAACUUAAAUGAAAUAGAUUAAUUAUAUAGGAUUUAUAUUACGUUGCAUUUCACUAACAUGGUUUGUUAGGAAAAAUAAAUGCCAGAGGGAAAGUACGUGCCCUGAGUCGGGGCCAGUGAUUAAUAAACAUAGUUCGAUAAAUAUAUACAUAUAUUAUAUUUUUAUUAUUAAACUAUCGUUCUGAAUUUAUAGAGCCCGCGCAGACAUAAACAGUUUUGCGUUCUGUGUUAUGCGAUUUGCGUUCUAAGUCCGGCGUUUCGCGUUCUCUGUAGUAACUUCUUCAUAGCUUCACGUAGAAAGUAUGCAGUGCGGACAGUUUUUGUGAGAUAUAAAGUAACAAACGCAGAACUCAGAACGCCAGAACACGUUCUGUCUGGGCGGGCUCAUAUAAUCAAAUCAAUUAAUUUAGCAUAUCUCAAUUAUUAUAAACAGUAUUACUGUUUUAUCUACUGUGGCAUCUAAUGCUAUACGGUCUAUACGUAAAUAUAAUAUGUGUGUUUUAUAUGUUGUUAUAUUUUUACAAUGUUCAUGAUAGUUUUAAAAAUGGCGGUCAAGUGCGAGUUGGGACCAAACCGGUGCACCGAUAGUGGGAAAAUGGGGGUAAAAUACUAUUUACAUUAAAUAUUGAACAAUAAAUAUUGGAUCUUUUUGAUGCGGGCUGUUUUAAUAUCUACUGUAGUAGGACGCACAAGUAAGUAUUGUAAUAAGUUUUUUUAUCUGUGUAUUUUUAACAGUAUAUAAAUGUUAUGGUCUUUGCACCGCUACCAUUAAAAUGUUUCUUGCCAAAUAUUGAAUUGAAAAAAAAUAUAAUAAAAGCAAAACCAGUAAGAUAAUAAAAACGAAGCGAACAAUUGUCUUAAUGGUCUUGAUUAAUUUGUAACUUUUAAUAAACUAGAUAAGCAAAAAACAUCUUGCCCGUUUUUAAUUUGUUAUUUUAUACUAAAGACCCUUAUAGAUUUUUAAGAAUAAAUUUCGAUUUAAUCUAAGCUUAUAUAGUAGUUUUAAGUUUUUCGGUGCAAGGACUUAAAUUAACAAAUAUAUGCCAAUAUAUAAACUGUUUCCACUUCAUUUAAUGUAAUAUUACGUGCAGUAAGAUAUAAUGUGGCGCACAAAAUAUACAUUGUCGGCGAUGGCUCUCUAAUAUAAACCAAUGUGGACUCCAUAAAACUUCGAGGAAAUGUAGUGUCAAUGUAACUAUGAAAUGACAAAAUAUUGAAAAACAUCUAUUUUAGAUUCUCACUUACAUAAUGUUACAUGUAAUAAUGAUGUAAUUUAAUAUUGUAUAUACGUAUGACUCGAACGGUAGGUAAAUAUAUUUUGUCGACUCUAAAAGACCUUUUACAUUGACCUUUCUCGAAAGUACGUAGAUACGCGACUAUGCGUCAUUGAGUUAGCGUUGAGGUAACUUGAUGAUAGUUAGCGUUCUAUAAGGUGAGACGUCAGGUGUCGUGUAGAGGAAACGUCCCGCCAACGCGACGUUAGCGCCACUGCAAAGCGACGUUACGUUAGUUAGCGUUCAAUAUCGCGUUGACGUAUCGUCACUUGAUCGUUAGUGACGUUUACAUUCGAGAAAGACCAGCGUUAAGUGUCUAAGGCCGGUCGCAUAAACUCGUUUUCCAUAUUCGUUUUUCGUAUUCGGAAUGUAACGUAUGUGCGGGAUUUGUACCGUUCAGAAAAUACACGUGCGUCGUUUAAUGUAUUUUAUAUAGAAUGCAUAAUGGUUUUCCGAACACGGAAAUCGGAUUCGGAAAACGAGUGCGGUCAGCCUAACGGUAAGAGCGAGAAGUUAGUUCGUGACGUCAUACGUAAAGUUUUGAUUUCACCCUAGUGUUGAUUGUAAAUACAUCUAAUAAUUUACUCGUAGUUGAAAUGUAGAACUACGCGUUUCAGUAAAAAAAAAAAUCUAAGUGUUGCAAUAUUAUUUUAAUAAUAUACAUAAUUAAUAAUUAUUAUAAUAUGAAUUAUUAUUAUUUGUGUUUGUAAUUCUUUAUAUUGUUUUGUAAUCAAUAAAUGAAAUGAUAAUAAUUUAUGAUUUUUAUCAAAAUGGAUUGUAUAAAGUAGGUUUAAAAUGUGAUGUUACCGGUGUAGUAAUCUGAAUGUAACGCAACGUUUUGUUGGUCCAGCCUCACAAAUCAUUCCGGAAGUUAUCUAGUCAUGUACUCUGUAGUACAUUGUAUGUGAUAGACAAAGAUUUACAUCGUAGAUAUGCUUAAGAUCA